CCUGAACGCAUCACGGCGAACCGCACUUGACAGCUUUCCAGGUUCGAGAGAAAAAGGAGGGGGGCAAAAACAGACCAUUGAAAGGGAGGGAACCAGAAUUUCCAUCAGCCAGCCGUCAUCCGCAUCCGCCCGAGGUAGAGGGUUUCCCGCAGCCUCUAUCUCACUCACCUCAUGCAUCAUUUCUGGGGAUUAAUGAUGUUGUAACGCACAGAUGACAGCGUAACCAGGGCGGUGAGCUGUUACCAGAUACCAAAAGAAUAACACACACACACACACACACACAGAGAGAGAGAGAGAGAGAGAGAGAGAGAGAGAGAGAGAGGCAGCUUUUUGUUGUUGAGUCGGAUCCGCUGUGACUGGACAUGAAUUCGGCGGAACAGACGGUUACAUGGCUGAUUACGCUCGGGGUGCUGGAGUCGCCGAAGAAGACCAUCUCGGAUCCCGAAGCGUUUCUGCAGAGCUCCCUGAAAGAUGGGGUGGUCUUGUGCAGACUGCUGGAGCGGCUCAGCCCGGGGUCCACGGAAAAAAUUUACCAGGAGCCGAAAAACGACGGCGAGUGUCUGAGCAACAUAAAGGAGUUUCUGAAGGGCUGCACAUCUUUCCGCGUCGAGCCGUUCGAGGCCAGUGACCUGCUGCUGGGACUGAACUUCUCCAAGGUGCUGAGCAGUCUGGUUGCCCUGAAUAAAGUGACUGCAGAUAUCGGUGUGGGCAGUGAUUCGGUGUGCGCUCGACACUCUUCAGCUCACCGCAUCAAAUCGUUCGAGUCGCUGUCCUCUCAGGCUUCACUGGGCCGAUCCUCCAAGCUGCUCCAGAAUCAGUUUCGCAGUCUGGACAUGUCGGAAAACAGCGGACAGCAGCUGCUGGUGAAGGCGCGAUUCAACUUCCAGCAGACCAACGAGGAUGAGCUCACCUUUAGCAAGGGUGACAUCAUCGGCGUGACUCGCCAGGAGGAGGGCGGCUGGUGGGAGGGGAUGCUCAAUGGCAAGACUGGCUGGUUUCCUAGCAACUACGUGCGCGAGGUCAAGGGCUCUGACAAACAAGUGUCUCCCAAGUCUGGCACCCUAAAGAGCCCACCCAAAGGCUUCGACACCUCUGCAAUCAGCAAGACGUACUACAACUUGGUGUUACAGAACAUUUUAGAAACGGAAACAGAAUAUUCCAAGGACCUGCAGAGCCUCCUGACGAACUACCUGCGACCGCUUCAGAACAUUGACAAACUGGGCGGCUCGGAGGUGGCUCUGAUCCUGGGAAACCUGGAGGAGAUCAGCACCUUCCAGCAGAUGCUCGUCCAAUCGCUGGAGGAGUGCACCAAGCUUCCAGAAAGCCAGCAGAGGGUGGGUGGUUUCUUCCUCAACCUCAUGCCCCAGAUGAAGGCUCUGUAUGUGGGUUACUGCUCCAACCAUCCCUCUGCAGUUAAUGUUCUCACCCAGCACAGUGACGUUUUGGGGGAGUUCAUGGAGGGCCGUGGUGCAGUCACUCCUGGCAUCCUCACCCUGACCACAGGCCUCAGUAAACCCUUUAUGAGACUGGACAAAUACCCGACUCUACUCAAAGAGCUGGAGAGGCACAUGGAGGAGAGCCAUCCUGACAGGCCAGACAUCCAGAAGUGCAUGGCAUCUUUCAAAAAUCUCUCCGCUCAGUGCCAGGAGGUGCGGAAACGUAAGGAGCUGGAGCUGCAGAUUCUCACCGAGUCCAUCCGGCUGUGGGAAGGAGACGAUAUCAAGACCCUGGGUUCCGUCAUCUACAUGAGUCAAGUCUUAGUCCAGAGUCAUGUGUCAGAGGAGAAGAAUGAGCGUUACCUCAUGCUCUUCCCCCACGUCCUCCUCAUGUUGUCUGCCAGUCCCAGGAUGAGUGGCUUCAUAUUCCAGGGAAAACUGCCUCUUGCCGGGAUGAUAGUGACCAAACUGGAAGACUGUGAAGCUCAUAAAAACUCCUUUGAGCUCAACGGCACCAUGUUUGAGCGUCUCCAGGUGGUGUGCACCAACCAGCAGGACCUGCAGGACUGGGUGGAACACCUGAGCAGACAGAUCAAACACACUGCAGCCACAGCGCCGAGCCACAAACCCCUCACCGUUCCCUGCCACACGCUCCCGUCUCACCCCCUCACCCCGUCCCGGCAUGCUGAGGGGAGGUCCAUGACAGUGGCUCCUACCUACCACACCCUGCCUCACCCCUCCUCCCACAGCACCUCCCUCAGCACCAUGAUGUGGGGCCCGCUGGAACCACCCAACACCCCCAAACCCUGGAGCCUGAGCUGCCUGCGACCUGCACCCCCACUGCGGCCCUCUGCUGCCCUCUGCUACAAGGAGGAUCUUAGUAAAAGUCCUAAGAGUGUGAAGAAACUCCUACCGAAGCGCAAACCUGAGAGGAAGCAGUCUGAAGAGGAGUUUGCCUUGAGGAAGAGUACAGCGGCUCUGGAAGAAGACGCUCAGAUCCUGAAAGUUAUCGAGGCGUAUUGCACCAGCGCCAAAACCAGGCAGACUCUCAACUCCACCUGGCAGGGCACCGACCUGAUGCACAACCACGUGCUUGCAGACGUGGACCAGUCCUGUGUGGACUCGCCGGGCCGCCGUAGCAGCGUGUCCCGGUCAGAACUGACCUCGGACCUUUCGGAGGACUCUGACUAUGACUCCAUCUGGACCAGCCACAGUUACAGGAUGGGCUCGGUGCCUCGCAAGAGCUGCAUCUCCCACCAGAACUAAAGAACGUCCAGUCCUGCCACGCUGUGCUGCCAUGUAACGUACAGCGCGCUUACCUCUUUUACCUUCAAUGUAUUACAAACAAAAACUAGAGAUUUUUUUAAUUUAUCUAUUUAUUUUCUAUUCUAUUUGUUCAUUUUUUUUGUUAACUUAUUUGGUUUAUUUAUUUUUUUUGGCCAAUUUGUUUGAAGAUGUUUAAAGCAUCUCCCUGUUGCCUUUGCCACUUUCCCUUUUAUGUGCCUCCUCUCUUUCUGUAGUUGUCAUGCAGUAAGUGUUUGGUAAUUAAUUGUUAAUUUAUCUUGAAUGUGACCGCUCCCCUUGUUUGACCAUAAACGUGGUGGACUCUGGAGUGGAUUCUAGGGGAGGGAGAGCAGGUGGGAGGGAGCGACGGGGACUGAGCUUUUCCUGUCUGAUAUUCAGAUUUAAUUCAGGAACGAGUGUAUUCUAUUUACUGUGUACUACUUCUCUCCAGUAUGUGUUUCUAAGAGUAUGAAUGCUCAAACAUAGCACAGAUGCGACACAAGCAUGCACACACAGGUUCAGGCGCACAUAUUCCCUCGCUGUCUGACAACAUAGCAGCAUGCAAGUGUAAUAUCCUAAUUCUCAGCGUUUUCUAUCAUCGCUGUCGCCACGAUUUGCAGUUCUGAUCAUGUUUCCAGCCCUCAAGCGGAAAAAAAUCCAACAUAUUCAAUGAGCUAGUGAACAUUUAAAGUCCUUGCUAACUUUUAAUAGUUUGUGAAAUUCAGUCCGUUCUCUGUUAUUUGUCGUAGCUGCUACAGAAAGAGGAGAUUAUCACAUACACUUCACUCUCUAGUCAACAUGAAACUGGAUAGAAGCCAGUGUACUGGACUUAGAAGAGUGACUAUUAAGGGUCAGUUCACCCAAAUUACAGAGAACAUGUUUAAACCUUUAAUAGUCUGUGAACACGCAGAUAGUUUGGAUUUAACCCUCCUGUUGUCCUCAUUUACGGGCACCAAAAAAUAUUGUUUCCUUGUCUGAAAAAAUCCAAAAAUUCAGCAACAAAAUUCCACAAAUUUCUGAAAAUUUGCAAAACCUUCAGGAAGAAAAUUCCAAUAAUUCCUUACAAGUUUCCCUUAAAAGUGUUAUUUAUAAAAAAAGAAAAAAAAAUCCACCAAAUUGGUCAAGAAAAUUCUUGUAAAUAUUUUCAUAAACUGAGUAAAAAUCUUACAAAAAUAUCUAAAGUGAUUCCAUAUAUAUCAGUAAAACUUCUAAGAUUUUCUUUAAGAACAUUCACAUAAAAAUCAACCAAAAUCUAGCGAAAUUCACUGGAUUUUGGUUGAUUUUUAUGUGAAUGUUCUUAAGAAACAUUUUUAACAUUUCUUUUUUCCCCCAAAAAAUGUUCAAAGAUUUCCCAAAAAUGUUGAAAAUGUGGACAUCAGAAGUUUUACUGUGAAAAUAUGUUUUUUUCCCACAUUUUCAAACUUUAAAACGGGUCAAUUUUGACCUGCAGGACGACACGAGGGUUAAAAUGUCAACCUUUUCUGGAAACCUAGAUACCAGAUUCUUGUGUUUUUAGUGAACUGACCCUUGAUCUCAUUCAUUUUAAUAACUUCCUUUAUUGUGUAGUCUCCUAAACAUCAUCCUCGAUCAGCCUGAUCUUCCAUCCAGUAAGACGCGGCUGUUGCUGUCACAGGGUUGCAUUUAUACCGUUUUAAAUCUCAAGUUGCUGUAUUAAUGGAAUUCACAUAAAAGCAGGCGUAGUGUGCCAGCCAGGCGCUAAGAAACUAAAACAGUCCUGUCAUACAAACUGGAUGCGUUUGUUUUGGUAUGGAAGUGUCUCCUGGUAGUUAAAGGAAUCGUGUCAUUUUGGGAAUUACAUUUACUUGCUUUCUUUCCAAGAGUUGGAUGCGAAGAUCGAUACGACUCUCAUAUCUGUUCAUUCGUUAUGAUCCUGAAGCUUAGCAUAAAGACUGAAGGCUAGAUUGAAACUCCUUUAACCCUCCUGUUGUCCUCAUUUACAGGCACCAAAAAAUAUUGUUUCCUUGUCUGAAAGAAAUCCCAAAAUUCAGCAACAAAAUUCCCCAAAUUUCUGAAAAUUUGCAAAACCUUCAGGAAGAAAAUUCCAAUAAUUCCUUAAAAGUUUCCCUUAAAAGUUUUAUUUAAAAAAAAAAAAAAACCCAAGUUUGGCAAGAAAAUUCUUGUAAAUAUUUUCAAAAAAAUUUGUAAAAAUCUUCCAAAAAAAUCCUAAAAAUAUCUAAAGUGAUUCCAUAUAUAUUAGUAAAACUUCUAAUAUUUUCUUUAAGAACAUUCACAUAAAAAUCAACCAAAAUCCAGCGAAAUUUGCUGGAUUUUGGUUGAUUUUUAUGUGAAUGUUCUUAAGAAAUUUUUUUUUAAACAUUUCUUAUUUUUCCACCAAAAAAUGUUCAAAAUUUCCCUUAUUAGAAGGUGGUUGGUAUUAAAUUAAUUUUAAUAAAAAUGUAUAGACAUAUAUAUCCCAUAGACUUCAAAAGUCCCUCAGCUCUAUAUUGACCCAACUAACUGCUGACUUUAGAGCGAUAUCAAGCUCCUCGUCAAACUCUCUGACAGCAAGCGAAUAAAUCUGCUUUCUCAACGUGAUGAUCUGUUUCCUCAGGGUGUAACUAUUGUCGUAUGCGCUGAUAAUUUGAACCAGUUAGCGUGAUAUCACUUGCAAACGUCCCUUGUGUCACAACAAACUAGCACCUAUGCUCUGCCUCAUGAGCCAGACCCGCCUUUGUUGUCGUCUGGCUUGCGAGGCUCCCCAUACUAUCAUGCAUUAAUGACUAUUUUUAUGAAGAAGUAUUUUUCCAGUGUUGGUAUUAAAAGUACAGGCUGACAUCCUCUUACAGUAAGCAAUGUGAGUGACAUACGGAAAUAUAUUGGUCCACGUUACAGUUUGAACUGAAAUGAUUUCUUUAUUGUAUUUAUUACUUUGUAUACAGGCGUUUUUAUUUUAUUUAUAUUAUAUUCUGUACGUCAAUGUUUACAAAAUGAUCCCUGGAUGAAUCAUUUAUUUUCUUUUUUUUAAAAAUAUGUUUUAUUGGUCUGUAUCAAAGUUUACACUGAAACUAUAACAUGAAGUGUUGGAAUUAUUUUGCACAAUCAUGUAACGGGGCCAGCGGGUGGGAGCGGGUGGGCGGGGGUAGAAUCUGUUAAAAUUCUGUACUUUUUGUCAUCUACCUAGAGUGUGUAUGAUAUAUCCUAAAGGUAGACUUAAGUAUUCAGUGUUUCUGUAAAGUAAAUGCUCAUUCGUAGUGUAAAUGCUCACCUUCAGUGUUUUGGUAGCAUUGAGGGGUUAAAAAAAAACACAAGAAAAGAAAGAAAGGAGAGACUGCGAUUAUACAGGAACAUUUCUAUGUGAACUACUCAUUCAGCCUCAGAAUACUGUUAGAGUGGAAUUGAAAUAUAAAGAGCACAUACGGUAAAGUCUCCCUAUCUGUAAAUACUAGUUGUCUCAGAGCAAGAAAAUAAAAAAAAUCCAUUCUACCUUCUAUGAGUAUUUGAGCUAAGAAUCUCACUGUCCUUAUAUCAUGUGCUAUACUUUGUGACAGGUGUAUUCUGUGGUUUAAGAAACUUAAGUCAAACUGUGGGACAGGCAGGGUGAAGAGACUAACUGUCUUUAACCAGCGGUGUCCUCUGUGUGCUCUAAUGUUGUAUUCAGUUCACACACGUGACCAUGUCUUAUCUGCAAACAGCGCCUUCAGUGUAUUUGUUCUACACUGCUGAAGUGUUCCAGUCCCAAACGCUGUAUUAUGAGUUUUGAAUAAAUCUGUCAUUUGGUAGA